ACAAUCCCAUUCCAUAUUAAACAGGGGGACGAGUGCUAUAAGCAUUUUACUUUUGUCAAUUCAACAGAAACAUACGCAGCCUGAAAAGGUUAACAAAAUUUCGGUAAUAUCUAAAAUGAUAGGCCUUCAAAAAAAGAGACCGGCAUCCGCCGCAGAAUACGUCGUGCCCAAUAAUUCGGUUCUGAAUCUGCCCCACCGGCCGGGUCUGUACGAUCCAACUCCCAACUCGAUGGAGAAGAACGAUGGACGGAAGGGCGCAGGAGGCGGCGGUGGCGCUACGACCAAGUGCCGUUACUGCGAGAACAUGGCUAAGAACUUCCUUUACCUGGAGAGCCUGAUCCGCAACAACGGCGAAAAGGGGUCGUCCGGGCACAAGACCUGCAGCCUGUGCAACUCUUCGCUGAAGUACCUGGAGUAUGUGAAUCGCAACAUCCGGCAGGUCUUCGGCGACUUCGACUCCAUCGUACAGGCUGAUCGCGCCCUCGCCGCCAAGCCAGCCAUGAUGCCCAAGUACUCGGUGGGGCCGCCGGCGUCGGUGCAGCAGGCAGCGCAGUCUCAGGAUAAGGCCGACACCCGGGCCAGGGGCGGAGCUGUUCUUGCGCCGCAGAAGUCCGUUAGGAGCGUCAAGCCGAAGUCUACUCUAGCCAAGUCAAAGUCCAAGGAGAAGGCUCCCAAAAGCGGAAAGGGCCAAAAGUCAUUGAAGUCGUUGAAGACGCACAAGACCAAGGAGAAGACUGCGAAAGGCAUGAAGGGCCAAAAGUCGCUGAAGUCCCUCAAGUCGCACAAGUCGCUCAAAUCGGUCAAGUCCACCAAGUCCACGAAAUCGACCAAGAGCCUCCGAAAAAGCUCCCCGAGGUCAAAGGGCGGAUCCGGACACGGCAAGAUGAUCUUGAAGCGCAAAUUCAGGAGUGGAAAGGCAGGCGGCAAGUCGGCCUCCGGCAAGAUUGUGCACAGCGUUAGCCAGUAUCACAAUCUUAGCUCGGUUCGAUCCAAGCUCUCAAAGGGCGCCAGUCAGAAGAAGCUGGUGAAGCAGCGGUCCCAAGGACCUCCUCCGGCCAGCAUCAAUUGGCGGCUGCUGAAGAAGAACUUGCCCAAGCGCCCAAUCGCUGCCAACUAGAGAGGCGGGCCACGACGCUACGGGCGGAGAAAGGUACUUUAGGGCCUCAUACCAUUCGGCAUUUUUGUCAAAAUUAGCAGUAUUUAGUUUUGAAAAGUAACGAAUACAUUUUAAGAGCAUAAAGUAAUUAUCCA